CUCAAGACACGGGAAGUGGAGUUCUUCCCGAGGGAGUCCACCUCUAGCCAAGCCUUUCUCGCUUCGCGGAAGGGUCGCUUCUCCCUCGUGGCCUUUUCCUGCGCUCUGCUGUUUCCGCCAUGGCGGACGCUGAGCCGACGGCGGCCGGGCGGUCGCUCACCGAAGACGAAAUGGCGGAGGUGAAAAAGGAAGUUUUAGAACGAUUACGCCGCUAUCUGUGUGACAAAAUAAUUGCAGAAAGACACUUUGACUACCUACGUUCAAAGAAAAUACUAAGUAGAGAGGAUACUGAAGAAAUCUCUUGUCGAACCUCAAGUAGGAAAAAGGCUGGGAAACUGCUGGAUUAUUUAGCAGAACAUCCAAAAGGACUAGACACAUUGAUAGAAUCUAUCAAAUGUGAAAAAACACAAAACUUCCUAUUAGAAAAAAUAACUGAUGCCGUCUUGAAAGCAAAAAAUGAAAAACUUGAAAGUCUUAAAGGAAUACGUUGUACCAACUGCAUGGCUUCAGUAUGUGAGCAAGCAAACAAUCUCUCUAGAUCGCAGUCAAAUGACUCUAAUUUUUUUGAAAAACAAAGAGACAGAGAAAACACAUACCUUCAUCCAGAAGAAUAUAGUACAGCUGCUUUUGUAUCUGCCUCUUCUCUUUGUUCAAUGAAUCUACCUAUUACAGAGGUUGGAAACAUGGAAAAUUCAGUUUUCUCUACUCUUCCGGGACCUGGAGAUCCUGGAGCGCCUCCUGUUCCAACAGAAUUGCAGAGAGAGCAAGAGGAAAUAUCCACCACUUCCAGUGACAGUCCCUUUCUACCUUUACGAUCCCGCUCAAUUCUUCCGUAGUGGUUGUUUUUCUUGAAUAACUUUGCUAGAUGUUGCCUUAUGUAAUUUUGCAAAAAAUGUUUCAUCUUUAAAAUUUCUUAUUGUACUUGGUUGCAUUACUUUUGAAAACUGAAAGUAGGUGUUUUCCAAAAAUAUUCAUGUUUAAUCAUGAAGCUGUUUGCAUUAUGCAAAUUAUAAUACAAUCCUGUACAUAGAUAUUCAGAAGUAAGCCCCACUGAUUUCAAAGGGAUUUAUAGGUAAGUAAAUAAUGGCAUUGCUAUAUUGAAAAACAAUAUGGGAAUACUUAAAAGAUUUAAUAUAUUUCUACACUUUAGUAAAAAUUUUAUAUGUUCAUUCAGUUCAUAAUGUCAGACAACUUAGUUUCUUCUUACAUCAUGGCAGAAAUUAUGUCACAUAGAUUCCUGAUUCCUGUACUAAAAGAUUUAUUUAACUAUGCAAAUCAAUCACAAAGAUAAUUAUUUAGCAUAAGAGAAACUCCAGAUUGAUGUUUGGACUUAUUUGUUUUACAGUUAUUACAUUAAUGUUCAGAAAAUAUUGCAUUCUGUUUGAACAGAAGGAUCAGGAAGUAAUGAGAACCUCAGCAAAGAGGGAAAAAUAUCUUCUGAAUUACAGCAUCAUGACUAUAUCUAUGAAGAUUGAUUGGUCUCAUAUUAUAAAGGUGCUCCUUGUUUAACAACUGCUUGUUCACUGACCUGCUUAAUGGUACUUAACCAAUCCAUGAAAUUCUGGUUGUUGUGGCACCCCUGCAGUCACCUGAAUGUAAUCCAGGCACUCUGGCCUAGAUUUCCAAUCAUCACUGCAUCCCACAGUCAUGUUAUCCUAAUUUGCUACCUUCCUGCAUUACUUGAUGGAAAGUCCUAAUUACUGCUUUUAAGCAAGGACUACCUUUUAUUCUGAACGAAUGAAUUCUCCAAGUACACUUUUGGAAAACUAUAGCCAUUAAGAAAUCCCUUUUGAAUUAGGGAGUUUAUAAGAUGUUAGGCAUUAAAUGUAUACAGUUCUUUAAGAAUUGGAGCUUAAAAUAUAUGUAGCAUGCUUACUUUUUUUUUUUUUUUUGUUUACAUUUAUACCCCGCCCUUCUCCGAAGACUCAGGGCGGCUUACAAUGUAUAGGGCAAUAGUCUCAUUCUAUUUGUAUAUAUUUACAAAGUCAACUUAUUGCCCCCCCAACAAUCUGGGUCCUCAUUUUACCUACCUUAUAAAGGAUGGAAGGCUGAGUCAACCUUGGGCCGGGCUCGAACCUGCAGUAAUUGCAGGCUUUGUGUUCUUAAUAACAGGCCUUACCAGGCAGAGCUAAACCGGCCCUUGACAGUCAGUUUGAGCACAGUGGAGCUUACUUCUAAUGGAUAUAUUUUAAGUUUGCACUUUUACAAUCUUGAGAAUAUUUCUAAAAUGAAACUUCACAAUUUCUAUGCUUAUAUCUCAAGGUGAAACAACGUUGUGUUGGACAGAUAAUUUCUACUACCCUGUUUCCCCCAAAAUAAGACCUCCCCGGAUAUAAGCCCAAUUGGGCUUUUGAGUGCAUGCGCCAAAAUAAGCCCCCCCUGAAAAUAAGCCCUCGAAAAUACUCACCCACCCACCCUGAAAAUACUAAAACACAUGUGCAGCCGGUCCCCGCCAUUUCCUCUGGGUAGGGUUAGGGAGACAGAGCUGGAAAUCAGGUAAGAGGGCAAGAGGAGCCCUAUCUUGUUCCACGUUCCCCAAAAUAAUAAGACUUCCCCAAAAAUAAAGCCAAGCACUUAUUUCAGGGUUCAAAAAAAUAUAAAACAGAGUCUUAUUUUCGGGGAAACACAGUAUGCCAUCUCAGGGAGUAUAAAAUCAACUCAGUAUUUUUUUCUCAUGGCUCGAUUGAGGUGCAACACUGUAAAGAAGAGAUUCACUUAAAAGCAUAUUUAUUUUUUAGGUAGCAUAAAAGCAUUUCUCUUAUCUUUUGCCAUUUUUGUUUCUUAGCCAAUAGGAAACAGUAUUUUAGAUUAAAUUCAAAUUUUACUAGCCAAAAGCAAAACAACUUCUCUGUGGCUUCUGGGACAGCAAAAGUUUUAUUUAAAAAAAUGUUCUUCUACAACAUUUUGGCUGAAACUGCAGCCAGUUAUCUAAAUUAAUUAAAUAAGUAGCUUCGUGUUUGCACGUUAUUUAGAAAACUCUCUCACUGAGUUCUAUAGAACUUGUUCCCAGUUAGACAUGCAUAAGAUUACAGCCCAGUAUUUUAAGAAGACUAAAUCAUGGGUGAUCAGCCUUUUGGCUUGCUUGGGCCACAUUGAGUGAAGAGGAAUUGUCUUAGAGCAAAUAUAAAAUAUAUACUUAACGUAUAUAAAUCACAUAAUGUUAAAAGUUUAUAACCUUUUGGGGUCACGUUACUAGCUGUCCAGAGCCGAAGCCUGUUCUAUAUGAAUUCAGAUUGGUGCUAGAUUGUGUUACACAGUGCACUGCCCAUGUUUCAGGACACAGAACUGUGUCAAGCCACAAUUGAAGGGUUAGGGUUUCUCUUUAACCCUAGGUCUUAGGUCUCCUGUAAUUUGACUGUUUCUGUUAACAGCUUUUUAACUCAAAUGCUACCUCAGCUGAAACUUCCAUGAUGUUUUACAGGGCAUGAACUUCCUUGUUUGACUACUAACUGCAGAUGUUGCCAAAAUA